AUGGCGGCAGAUUACCAGGUAUGUAAGCGAUUUUUAUAGUUUCUUUUUAUGUUAUUUAGUUUGCUUUAGCAAUCUCCGUUACCAACAAAAUAUAUUAACAUGUAAUGAAUUGUAGGAUCAGAUACAUAAAAGGCGACUAGAGCUUCAUACAACGGUGUUUGCCUUGGCAUUUUCUCCAUGCGGAAACUACUUGGCUGCGUGCAAUAACUUUGGACAGAUCGCCGUUUUCAGGUAUGGUGCUUUACGCUGCGGAUCUGUGUCAAGCCCCGCUGAUAUAGUCAGAGUUGUCAAACGUUCUAAAAAUUUCUCGUACAUUAGCCGUACAUUCUGAGAGAGACCACGAGUCAAGUGGUUAAUCAUUAUUUUUGUAAGAGGUGGUUGAGAUAUUUUUUAUGUUCCGAGUGUUUUCUGGGAGUAGUUUGUAUUCUUUUGCCCCACGAAAGGACACUAAAUCUCUUGUUUUAUGAAAUAAAUUGCAAAGGUAAGGUGGUGCCUGAUUUGUCCUACACUUUUGAACCAUAGUAACAGUAUUUAGUAGAAGUUUUUGACGGACGUUCAGCCAACCAAGGGAUUUUCGCGCAGCAGAGACAUGAUCAAAUGAUUAUUUGAUACUUAGGAUUAUUGUGCAAGCAAAGUUCUGAAUAAGUUGAAUCUUAGAAAUGCUUUUGCUGAAGGUAUUACCCCAUAUGCUAGAACAAUAAAAAGCCUGCUAAAAAUAAGAGCAUUGAUAAUUGAAAUAGGAGUUUUGUUGUCCAAAAGAUGCUUAAUUCUGUUGAUGCGACAUAGAUCAUACAGGCAGCUUGAGGACAGUUUAGAUACAUGGUCAUCGAAAGUUACGAUAGAGUCGAUCCAGACCCCCAAGUCUUUUACAACAGGAGAGGGCUUGAUGUUUGUCCCCAAUAGAAUGACAGGAGGUAAAGAUAAGUUUCUUGUUAGUUGUGGAACGCCAACAACAAGGAGCUUAGUUUUGUUAGGGUUGAUCAACAGAGAGUUUGUUGAACACCAAUUUGCAAUCUCGCGAAGAUCACUAUUGAGGUCAAAAAUAGAGUACUAAAGUGCUGAUGUCAUAAAAAUGAAAUUUCUGAAAUUAUGGAAUUUGUCAGGAUAUUCUGAAAGAACAAUGUCCAAGAGGCCUACUUGCCAAAAAUGAGCAUUUCGGGGCAAAUUGUCUCUGAGAUCGUAGCCCAGUUAUGCUUAGCAAACUCCAUACAAAACCAUCUAAUUUUUGGGGGGGUUGACCCAAAAAAAAAAUCAUUUUUAUGACAUCACACUUUAGUACUCUAUGGCAACUCUGAUGUCAGGAGGGGGAAGAGCCAAAAGCAGCUUGGUGUCUUCUACAUAGCCUAUGGCUUCACACUUCUUCGGUACAGAGAGAAGGUUGUUGACAUACAAUGUGAAAAAAACUGGACUGAGAAUGGACCCCUGGGCCACACUCACUGUCAGUGGAAGGGGGUCAGAUAGGACACUGCCAAUCCUAACCACUUGCUUGCAUAAUGACAGGUAACUCUUAAACCAGGCUAGAGCAAAGUCCAACAGACCCAGUUAGUGCAGUUUCGAUAAUAAGUUGUCAUGUUGGAUGCUGUCAAAAGUUUUAGACAUGUCGAGCAGUACAACCACUGAUAUACGGUUUAUUGACCUGACAUGACCUGUGUGACCUGUGUUUUAUACCUGCCACACAUGUACAACAGCAGGUUUUACUGUUUACAGUAUACAUUGCGCUUUGUAAUGUCUUAGUUUUCUUUAUUGUUUAAUUUUGCUUUGAAUUCAUAUGUAACAAUUAUAAAUAUGGAUAUUAUUUUUGUACUUAGUGUUGUGUCUGCACUAGAACCAGAUGCAUCUUCUGCUAAGAAAAGACCAAUAAUAAUUUUUCAAGGUAAAUACGUAAAAACACCUUUUUUGAACUCUAUUUUUUACUCUGGAUAAGUUCUUGUUAUCUGUUAUUGUAAUGGGUGUGUGUCCGCUGUUUGCUGGCAGUUGACUGAUAGGUGCUAGUUAAUUGAUUUCAACUGUGGUUUUGGUCAAUGUUAUUGAUCUGAUGUAAUUGGGCACCAGUUCAUUGACCACAUCAUGGUUGUCUAAAGAUUAAGUUUUUUUUCAGGCCAUAAUGGUGCAAUUUACAGUCUCAUAUCAACUGAAAAGUUUCUUAUAAGGUAUGCUUUUAUUUAACUAUCAAGCUUUUAAGUCAUAGAUUGCUGUUGUCAAUGAUCAUUGUAUUAGCAGUGACUGAGUUAUGUUUUUUUUGUGUGUUUGUAGUGGUGGCUCAUCUGAAAUUCAUGGCUGGCGGUGGGAUGAAAUUCUUGAAAAAACAGAGGUUGGUUCCAUUUACUUACCUUAAAGGAGUUUUAUGUUUUCUCAGAUGGUUUAUAUAUGUAACUGGAAAUACGAAAGUAACUGGAUGUUAUAUUAUUUUUCGCUCAUGAGCAGUGCAUUUUGCCGUGGUGUUGGGUGAGCGUAGUCCUGAAUAGGACUGUUUUUGAAAGUAACUGACGCUUUGUCAACCUGUGUGAUAGUCAUCUUUAUUAUUACUAAGGGGCUAGGGGCCAUGUGCCUCUGCUAGCACAGCCCUGCCUGUAUUCAAGAAAUGCUAUGCAGAUAGCAUGUCUUAGACUGACAUACUGUUUUUCUCUCGUUUGAUCAGUCUCCAUUACCGGCGUGGACACUUCAGCCUUCAGCCAGGUACAAUACAGUACUGUAUAUAUAGUCAACUGGUAUUCCCGUAACACUUUAUACCAUGAAUUUAUUGAUACUAUUUUUGCCCAGAGUAUUUCGUGUAAACUUCUGCUAAAUAUUUUGAUAAGAAGGAAACAAUGGGGGAUUAAGACGUGAAUCUAAUCUUCUGUUAUUCCUGUACCCAAAGCAAUGUAUUUAUUAAUAAUGUUACCUCACUCAGUUGACACUUUUAAAAUCCAUAAAAUGGAUCACAGAGUCAGAAUUAUUAAUAAUAAAGACAAAUUGCUGUAAAUGCAUUUCUGGUUCUACUAUCAUUAUAGUAGAACCUUACUUAAAAAUCAAACAUACAUGUAUAUUGGCUAAGAGAAAAAGUAUGCCAUUAAAAAUUGGCAAAACUUAGUAUGUGUGGCAUAUUAUAAUGCUGUCAAUUGGUCAUUUCAGUUGUGUUGCUAUUACAUAAUAACUUUAUAUAAAAAUAUUUGCUAAUAUUAUUGUAUAUUGAUUUGUUUAUCAAGAAAUUCUCUGAAUGUAGCUGAAACCAAUGCUCUGGUGUUUGCCAGUCAGGUAUGUUUUGUUUCUCAAAAAUUCAUAAUAAUAAUAAUGAUAAUAUUAUUAUUGUUGGCUUGAAUAUCCAUUUGUUAUUUUGCACUUUUCAGGCAUCUAAUUUAAUAUAUCUUUAGGAAGUAUGUAUAACAUAUUAUGUUAAUUCUUUCCUGCUUUAGUGAGAGCUUAUUCUUAGAAGAGAUAAUAUGUGUAAUAUAUCAUUCUUAUUUUUCGUGUUACAGUAAAAUAUUAUUAUACUAUAAAAAUGUCACUCCAUCAAUUUUUCUGCCGCAAUUUCACUUGGCUCCACUUUGUGCAGUAUUGAAAAUUUCUCAUUUAUGGAAUGGUAAGCGUGCAUGUGUAUUUGGAAACAAAACACUCACAACAGUCUCUAACCCAAAAUUAUUGGUGUCUGUGAUAUGAUUUACUUUUCUAGGAGGAUACUCUAUUCUCAGGUUGUGGAGAUAACAAUAUCUAUAUGUGGGAUCUGGACUCAGGAACCUGUAAGGUGAUACAAGUUUUGUUUUGAAAUAUUUAUUAUUUAAUAUUUAUGGCGAGUAAAGUGUCCAAUAGCCAGUGGGCAGAGCUAUUAUCCUUUUUAAUAAGCUGUCAAAGGGUCAGACCUCAAUCCUGCUUCCCAUACCAUACUCUCCUGCCUCUUGAAUCAAUCCUUGUCUCCUGAUGUCAACCCUUUUUCACAUUGCUCCCUGGUUAAUUGUAGCAGUUUAGGUAAAAAAAACCCUUUAAUGGAUUCAAUAAACCGCUCCCUAAUUUUUAUUGUCUUGGUUUUACUUGAAAAAAGCAAAAUGAGAAUUUGAGAUUACAUCAAGAGCCACUUGGGGCAGUAUUACAGUUGUACAAGUAUAUGUACCUCAGCCAGUUCUUAGCAAUUUCAAAACCCAUGUUAUUCUUAAAGCUGUGCCAGGAUGUACCGUUCAUAGGAAUUUCAUCUUUUUGUUUGGUUUGUCUGCUGUUAGCCUGCGUGCAGACGAUAACUAAACUCUCUUUAACCGGAUUUUAAUUUCAUCUGCACACAGGCUAGUCUACUGUUUGAUAAUUUGCUAAAUGUUAAUGUACCUCUUGAGAAUGUCACUGGCUUAGCUAGCUUGAACUUCAAUUUCAUUUCUCUUCUAACUUCCUUAAUUCUGACAGAGAGGUUGAUUUGUUCAGUUUUCAAAACUGUAGGUACAAUAUAAUGUUAUAAUAAUUAUUAUUUUUUUAUGAAUUGGUUUUAUUUUAAUUAAUAAUUCUCUUGUACAUUGUUCUAGAAUACCCUCACUGGUCAUAGGGAUUAUAUUCAGUGUCUUUGCCUCAGGACAAAACACAGCCAGUGUGUUAGUGGAGCUGAAGACGGCACUGUGAGAUUAUGGGGUGAGCAGAUUUGCAAUCUACUCAUCUGUUGAAACCUAUAGUAUCUGGACUUGUUGUUUUUAUAAUCUUUUACAAGAACAUGAAAACUAAAAAAUAUUCAUACAGGGAACCCCACAUUACACAUAGCAAUAAAUUGUAUGACCACAUCAUUUUGUCCCACAAAAUCAUUUUAAAACAUAGCUAGAAAAUUCCCCUAAUCAAAUUCAAUAGCGCGAGCGUGCUUCAAAUUCCUAUUGAGCAUGCUGAUGACGUCAAAAAUUAUUCGUAAUUCCUCAAGUUGUUGUGAGCUUAGCAAUCCUGAGUCUCGUGAGUGCAUCCAUAACUCGGCAGUACACGAUAAAGCGUUUACCAUGUGUUUUAUGAGGAAAUUUAAGAGGAAACGUUUGAAUUUGUUAACCGAUAGUAAGGAAAAGAGGUGAGUGUUGUUGUUGUUGUUGUCAUCUCCACCAGCUGUGCGGGCUGUGGCGUGAGAUCAUUCUUUGCAAAGUUGUUUUCUCUCAAUAACAAUUUUUCGAUGAAUUAAUAGUUUUCCGGCACCUAAAUAUGGAUUUUACAAUCAUUUUAGAGUACACUUUCUCUCAGUUUCAGGAUAAAAACAUAAGCUUAACUGUGAGGAAAAAAAAUAUACUCACGUAAACAUUGAUGCGUACUGCUUUGAGCGUGCCCUACAAUAAUAAAAUGUUAAGUUAAUUGAUGCAUUGAUCGCUUUGACAAUGUUAUAAAACUCAAGAGGCUAGAGUUGCACUCGGCUGUGCCUCGUUUUAACUCUUACACCUCUUUCGUGCUCUCCAAACUUCCCACGUGCUCAAUAUCUCGACAUACGCAAGCUGACAUAAUGAAUAAUUGUUAAUUGAAAGGGUCAUGCUAUAUACUAAGUUGUGUGUCAUUCUUGUAGAGAAGUGAUUGAAACUUAGAAGUAAAGGGAAUACUUUUAUUUCUGUUUUCAGAUUACAGAACCAAAGGAACACUGACAGGUUUAAUAGAACCAUGCAAAAAUGAGGUACAGAAGUGAAUUUAACCACGUUAUUUCUAUAGUGUAUUAAUACAAACAAGUUAUUGACAAACUGAAGCAAAACUGAAAACAAUGGAGUGACUGGACAAACCACAGGCAGCCGAAGCUUGAAAUAUGAGCAUCAACGAGCAUCGGCAUUGUUGCGUAACAUUUAAAAUAUAAGGAUUUGUAUGGGAAAAAAACCUAUCGUUUCUGUAACCUAUGAAAAUGAAACGGUUUCAAUAAAAAACAGCUUACCUUACUUAAAAUGUGUGUUACGUCUCUCCUGUGGGGUCUACGGGCCAAUUUAUGGCCGUUUUAUGGGUUUUUAUGUAAACGGUUUUAUAGAGAGAAAACCGUUUACAUAAAAAGCCAUAAAACGGCCAUAAAUCGGCCCGUGGACCACACAGGAGAGACGUGGGUUUGAUUCCCGGGGCAGGACCAUCACUCAGGGUCUUAAAAUAACUAAGAAAUGAAGGUACUCCCUUUGCACUGGAGGUGGCUGGACCUUCGUGUAACUCGGAUGACCACGAAAAAUGGCAUACCCGCCUCUAGUAGGAGACAAAAAUAGUGUCCCCAAUUAAUACUUUCAUGCUAAAUACAUUGAAACUCAAAUAAAGUGCAUUUUUUUUGAAAAAACAAUGCAGUUCAGUCAUAAACCCCAUCAUGAUCAUCAUUUUUUAACAUUUUGAUGAAGGUAUUGUUGAAAAUGUUAUCACUGCAGGACAUUCACAGACCCCAGUUAGGUUCCUGGAUAGGGUGUGUCAGUGUAGAUGAGAGCCAAGACUGGUUGGUAAGUGACUGAGUCUUCUUAAACCUACAUGUAUAUCAGUCUGUAGAAAUGAUGUAUGCUCAUUGGUAGAGCAAAAGAGUUAUUGCCUUCACGAGUAUUAUUAAAAAAUAGAAUUGUCACCGUCACAUAAUUAUAUGGUACAGUGUACAAUAAUUGCUAAGUGCAUGAUUUUCCAGUCACCUUUGCCAGUCAACCAGAGCUCAAUCUUUUUUAACUCUAAUCCAUUCACUUGAAACAGAACAAUAAUUCUCUGAACAGAUCUCCAUCAAUUUCCUUAAAGAGUAUGGGUGAGGGUGAGGGUAAUGGUGAGGGGAGGACAGAUUGGCAUUCAAGUAAAACAGGUUGACCUUCCAACUUCAUUGCUCGCUUGGUCACUGUGCAACCUCAUUGAAGCAGGUUUUGCUCGCUUUUAAGAACUUAAGAGAGGUCAACUUUUAGCAAGUCUAGGACUCCCCCAACUUGGUGUAAGUACAAACCCUUCUGGAAUUUUAGCCUUAGCCUUACCCUCACCCCCAUCCUUGUCCUUACCCUUACCCUAACCCUAACCCUCACCCCCACCCCUAUCCUUGCCCUUACCCUCGUUUUAGCAACACCGAGCUACAGCUUGCGUAGUAGAACUGACUUUCUUUGCACCCUGUUGUAAUAUUGUAAUUUUAUAUCUUCUGUGUCAAAACAAGGUUUGUGGCGGUGGUCCAUCCCUAUCUGUGUGGCAUUUGAGGUCCAUGGCGUGUACAGCUGUUCUUAGAACUGAAUCUUGUCAGCAAACGGCACUCUUUCACAAUGAUCUUGUAAGUGACAUAGUGAUAUUAGGUUCUCUUAUUUUAGUAAACAAACGUUUUGAUUGGUUAACAUAAAGCAAGGCUGGAACACAGGGAGAGGAAAGGAGAGAUGGAAUGCUCUGCUUGAAAAAAAAUGCAGCCUCUUCAAUGCAGUUAAUAAAAUAAUAUAAUUAUAUUGAUUUGAAGUCCAGGGUCUGAUUGGGGUUGACCAUAACUAUAUAAAGAGGCAAUAAUAAUUAUGGUAACAGUUACCAUAUUGCCCCUUUAACGUAGUUAGGGUCAACCCCAAUCAAAUCCUGGACCAAAUUAUGCAUGGACCAAAUUAUGCAGAAAGUAAUAGUUCAUUUACUGAGCUAUUGCUGUCUGCGCAAUUUGGUCCUAUGCAUUCUGACCAGUCACCCUAAUGCAACCCACUCUGUUUCUAUUAUAAUCAUCCAAGGUGACAACAUUAGUUAUCAUAAUUAUUGAUCAUUCAUAAGUAAUAUGCAGUGGAACCUUUAUUCAGGAGACACCCUCUGGACUGAGGCAAGUGUCCCCUGAAUAGAGGUUGGGCUGGGGUUUGUUAAUAAAAUUAUUAACCAACAAAGAAAACACACAGAAAUCAUCAUUAACUUACCGGUAUCUCUGUGACAUUAUAAUGUUGAAUUCACUAACAAGUCAAUUUCAUUAAUUUAAGUGAGAUAGUUCAGUUUGUGUAAGCUUCCACAUUUGUGAUUUGUGGCACACACCUGAAGAUAUCAACCCUCUUUGUGGUCAAACACUGUUUGAGUGCUAAGGUGUCCCCUGAAUGGAGGUUAAACUCGGGUCUCAGAAAAAGUGUCCCUUUCCCCUGAAUAGAGGUGUCCCUUCAAUAGAGGUAGUGUUCCAAAGGAGAGGCUCCACUGUAUUACAGUCAAACUGGCAAAACCAUGAACACUUGAAAUAUUUCAGAAAUGUUUAUUGUGAAAAAAUGAAAGAUGGUAAAUUUUAAGCUCAGUGAAAUAAAUGUGAAAAUGAAAUGAUCAGCAUGUCACGAAAGUGGGACAAAGAAAAAAUCUAAGUCCCUGACAGGAUGUGAUUAGAUUCUUUCUUUGUCCCAUGCUGGUGACAUGCUGAUCAUUUCAUUUUCACAUUUAUUUCACUGAGCUUAAAAUUUACCAUCUUUCAUUUUUGUCACCACACAAUGCGACAUUGACAUUGCUGAUCCUUGCAGUAGGCCUCACAAGUGUCAAAUAUGAACCUAGUAUAUGGCCUCGUUCUCCAUGAGUUCUCCAUAGCUCCGGUGGAUAGAGUGCCCGCCCGGUGUUUGGGAGGUCUAAGGUUUGAAUCCCGUCGGGGACUUAGAUUUUUUCUUUGUCCCACACAAGUGAUAUGCUGAUCAUUUCAUUUUCACAAUGUUUAUUGUGUUACACCCAAUCACAGUAAAGAUCAAGACAUGCCACAAAACCACAAACUAAUAAAUGUUCUUGCUUUCAGUUUAGUUUGUCACACCUGAUAGGCUUUUUUCUUGCAACAUAAUAUCAUUCCAGAAAUAUUUUUGGUGUUCACGGUUUUCCUGGUUUGACUGUAAAAUUGAAAAACCCCAUUUAUUUCUCGACAUAGUUUGUUCUUGUAAUUAUUUUUGUUUUCACUGGACACUUCAUAAUUUGUAUGUGUAUACAAUAUUUAAUCUAAGAAAUAUUUAAUGCAGUGUUUUUGUAGCCUGAUUCUCAGACGUCUGUGGUAGUUCGUGGUCCCUUCACUUCCCUCCCUCUCGAGAGGGCGGGAAGCGAAGUGAUGGUGAACUACCUCAGACGUCUGAGAAUCAGGCUAGUGUUUUUGUUGCUAGAUUCUCUCAGCUGGAUCAGAGCCACAUGUUUUCCACUGGCAAAUAAAUGGUGACCCUAAAACACAUGUACCCUGUACCCCCAAAUCAGUUUUUGCCUUACAAGUCAAUGACAAGUCCCCUAAGAACAAGGUAUUGAUACUAUAUAACACUAGAGAGCUUAAGUAAUGAUAAUGGCAACAGCAGCAAGAACUUGUCUAUGAAAAUAAAUUUCCCGCAGUUUUUCACGUGCCAUGGUGAUUAUUCCAACGUGUUUAACAUGACAAACAUAACCUGAGAUCAGGCUCAAUUUUCGUUUCGCUUUGUUAUAACAUUCCAACGGGCAAGGCAAAACGAAGCGGUAGCCAUUAUAGAGAAUGUAUUAGAACCGCUAGAAUUGGGCCUGGUCUCAGGUUAUGACAAACACAGACCUUUUAAUCAAGUAAAGUAAGGUGAAGAAAACUUUUUUAUUUUCUGCAACGCAUUGUACAGUGUUCAGUUGAACCUCUCCUCAACGGCCACCUUGGGGACAGAGGAAAGUGGCCGUUCUAGAGAGGUUUAAGUAAGCAUCAAUGUACUAUUAUCUGCCAAAAAGAGUGGCCAUUGUAGAGAGAUGGGCAUUAGAGGAGGUUGGACUGUAGGUCCUCAAGAACUAAGAUUUAGGAGAAUUUCAUGUCAUAGCUGGCAGAGGACAGAUAAGAAAUUAAUGUACAAAAUUUGUGACACACAUGCAGAGUUGUUUUUUUACCCUAUCAAACACACAUGUAUUGCAGCUUUGUUAAGUCUCUCUUGUGCUUUUUCAUGUAGGAGGAGUUAUAAUAAAGUACUGUUCAUGUAAUAGGAGCUUAAAAACUCCUAUUACAUGAACAACAACAAUAGAGACCCUGUGAAUGAAGUUGAUUGCUCAAACACACAAAAAUUUUAUGAAAGUACAUGUAGACAACUGAGUCAUGACAGGACAAUUUUUUUUAAUCUAACCAGAGACAUUGUUCACAAUAAUCAUUUGUAUUUACCCCCACCAUUAGUCAAGUUGCAAAUUCUCUGCUGCUAAACAUCCCUUCUCUAGCAUAGGAGCAAGGAGGCCCUCUUAGGAGGGGGUCCCAUGUCACCAGUCUGAAUUUUAAAACGUCUCGUGCACGGUUGUUUGUAAAUGCUUGUUGCUUAUUGUCGGCUUUGCCGUCACUGUCGCAGUUUGGCCAAGGGAGGUUGUCUCUUGUUGCGAUUUCAUUUUACGCGCUGUCGCUACUUUUUGGGCCAUGUCGCUUGUCGGAAUUUACCCUGGCAGGGCCUCAGCAAGUCUUCACAGGUUUUACAGUGAGGUUCCUCUCCCCAGCCCAGUCUGAAGAGUUAGUCAUCUUCCUCACUCCAACCCCCAAGGAGCAAGAAGUAGCUACUUUACUUAUCCCCAUUUCUCUUUAUGGAAAUUCAGAAGAUUAACUAUAACAUGAUAGUACUGGUAAUUUCCUCCCUCAGAUGUAACACCCUUAUUCAUUUUCCUCUAAUCAGGUUCUUGCAGUUGGUGGAAGCUCCGCUGAUAUUGAUGUCUUUACAAACUUUGGAUACAGAGCUCUCUCUUUAAAAUUUUCCCAAUAAAAGCAGUGAAACAG